AUGGCGACGUUGCUACCACCACCAACAAAAAAGCAGAAGAAAGAAGCGAAAGAGCCUCGAGAAGUAGACAUUGUGCCUUCGAAUCUGCCGAAUGUCUCUAUAAGGUUCGAAGCUCUAGAUACUGGUGAAGCGGUGGGUGGAGCACUGAGAGUUCCUGGUGGUAUCUCUGAGAAGCAAUUGGAAGAACUGCUCAAUCAGUUGAAUGGAACAUCAGAUGAUCCAGUUCCGUACACUUUCAGCUGCACUGUUCCUGGUAAAAGGAAAGGCGAUCCUCUGCAGACGAUAGAUAUAACCGACAACAUAUAUUCUUCGCUACUGAAGCCAGGUUACAAUACUACUGAAGACCAGGUAACGCUGAUAUACACCCCCAAGGCUGUGUUCAAAGUCAGACCAAUUACCAGAAGUUCGUCAGCAAUUGCAGGUCACGGAGCGACCAUUCUGUGUUCGCAAUUCGCACCACAUACAAGCUCCAGGAUGGUCACCGGUGCUGGUGACAACACUGCUCGUAUAUGGGACUGUGAUACUCAGACACCUCUGGCGACUUUGCAGGGUCACCACAACUGGGUCCUCUGCGUUGCAUGGUCGCCUGACGGAGAAACAAUAGCGACUGGGUCCAUGGAUUGCACCGUGAGACUGUGGGAGCCGAAAGCUGGUCAGCCGGUUGGUGAUGCUUUGAGGGGACAUCAGAAAUGGAUCACCUCUCUGGCAUGGGAGCCUUUCCAUCUUGUCAAACCGGGCGAGAGGCCAAGACUUGCCAGCGCAUCGAAGGACGGUACCAUAAAAAUAUGGGAUACGGUCAGGCGGCUCUGCGUUUACACUUUGAGCGGGCACACGAACUCUGUCUCGUGCAUCAAAUGGGGAGGCCAGGGCUUGCUUUACUCGGGAUCACACGAUAAGACCGUCAGGGUGUGGGAUAUGAGCGCCGGAGGGAAAUGUGUCAACAUUCUGAAGUCGCACGCUCAUUGGGUCAACCAUCUGUCUCUUUCGACAGAAUACGCACUGAGGGUGGGGCCAUUCGACCACACGGGCGCCAAGGCAGAGAGCGAGCUGACCGCCAGAAAGAAAGCGCAGGAGAACUACGACAAGAUCGCCAAUCGAAACGGGAAAGCACAGGAACUGAUCGUCACUGCCAGCGACGACUUCACCAUGUUUCUGUGGGACCCAACCAAGUCCGGCAAGCCUCUGGCAAGACUCACCGGCCAUCAGAAACUGGUCAACCACGUCGCCUUCAGCCCCGACGGCAGAUUCAUCGUCUCCGCGUCGUUUGAUAACUCCAUCAAGCUCUGGGACGGCAGAAACGGUAACUUUCUCUCGACCUUCAGAGGCCACGUCGCCAGCGUCUACCAAGUAGCAUGGUCCUCCGACUGCAGGUUACUGGUAUCGUGCUCCAAGGACACAACUCUGAAGGUUUGGGACGUCAGAACAAGGAAGCUGUCAGUGGACUUGCCGGGACACAACGACGAGGUCUACACCGUCGACUGGAGUAUCGAUGGAAAGCGCGUGUGCAGCGGGGGCAAGGACAAGCUGGUCAGACUGUGGACGCAUUGA